UGCUGAGUUGGUGCGUUGUAUUUGCUUUGUGGCCUCGCUGCAACGGCAGUCAUCCGUUGGCGAUCUUUGAAGUUGGUUUGCGUUGAAUGCGCGUCGGUAAAAUUGAACGAAUUGAGGUAAUAAAUAGUAAAAAUAUGUAAAGAACGAAAUGCUAAAGUGUGUGUGAGUGUGUAGUAACCAAUAAAAAGAACGUUGUGUUUGAAUUCGAUAAGCGAAAAUUGCUGUGUGUUCAGAAACAAUGUUGAUGUAAGGAUGAAAAUGAUUGUUUAAUGUUGAAAACGAAAAUGUGAGAACGUGAAAAAAAUACAGUGACUGCGUUUAAAUUAAAAGAAGAAAAUACACACAAAAAUGAAUUAAAAAGUGAACUGAAGAAUUUUUAAAAAUAAAUAAAAAUUGAAAAAGGAAAGAAAUAUAUGAAAGUACUGCGAAAAGUGUGUUUAAAAACCGCAUACUUAGAAAUUUAUUAGAAAUAUUUAUUAAAUAUGAUUACGAGAAUAGAGGCUUACAAAUUCUCUAUGUAAUUUAUUUGAGCAUAACAUAACAGAACAGAGCAGAACAGGAAAUUAAAAAAACAACUAAACAAAACUCGAAAAAUUAAAUUUUAACUUAUAAAAUCUGCGUGCGAAUAACAUGAAUAAUUUUAAUACAAUAGCUAUUUUCAUUAUUAAAUACCAAUAAAUGAUCAGAUAGCGAUAUUGAAUAGGAAAUUUGCCCAAAAAAAUGUUUGUAAUUAUAUUUGAAUAUAUAGCAAAUUAGACCAAUUUUUUUUUGAAUAUUUAAAUAUAUCAGACAUUAGUUCAAAAAAAAGUUUAAACUGCGGAAAAUAAGUAAAAUAUUAUGAACUCUAGAAACUUUGUUUUUGGAAAGAAAUAAAUAAAAAAUUUGCUGAAGCGAUUAACUAAGUGAAAAUAAUUGUAAAUACGAAAACUCAUCACAACAAGAAUUGUCGACAAAUUCAGACUUAAACUAAAAAGACUUAAGCACAAGUGACUAAAAUACCAUCCGUAAAAAUUAAAAAAAUUAGUUGAAAAAUAAACAAAAAAAUUUAACAUCACCUAAAAUUAUUUAAUUUACCUGCACACUACGAAGCUGUUACUGAUAUUUUAUUAAAAAAAAAAACUACCAAAUAAGAAAGCUUUUCAGCUGCUGAAUCAUAGAAAAUUACUAUAAAAAUACUAUUAAAAGCCAGAGAAAAAACAAAUGUUUUAAUCUUUAACAAAUCCUGCCUGGUUCCAAUGCCAAUUCGAAACUAAAAAAAGAAAAGUUAAAAAUUGUUUUAUAUAAAAGAAAAAUUGUAAAAUACAUAGUUUUCGUGACGUAUUAUUGUGCGAUAAUAUAAAUCACCGGCGAAAGCAGAAAAAACAAAUUGGAAAUAGUGCUAAAAAUACGCAUUUGUGUUAAAUACGCUAAUAUUUUAGAGGCACAUUCCUGAAAUUCCAUACAAAGUCACAUCGAUAUUUUUUAAUUGUGGAACAUUGCGCUAUUUAAGUACUUUAAAUUGUCCUACGCAGUUGCAGUUCUCAAAGAGUUUUGGAUUACAAAGCCACAAUAAUUUACGGAGUAAUUGAACAUUAAUUCGAAAGCUUUCAUUUUAAGCGAGUUCGACGUUUCAUACGCGCCAUUUAUCCCCAGCACAAGUUCAGUGACCAGCUUUUGACCGCUCCACAUCAAAGCCGUACAAUGACGACGAAACCAGCAACAAUAACACUGGGCAUCAGUGGCCGCAUUGGUAGCAAAAGCAACAGCAGCAAUCAAAAGAAUAGCGUCUCAUUUGCCGCUCGCCCCACACACAUCACUCAGUCAUCGCCAACACUGGCAAAGCGUGGACACAUCCGCUCCGCAUCGCUAGAGAAUGGCAACUCCUUCACUGCAAAAAACACACUCGGUUUGCCAGCGGUUGAGGGAGCACAGCAGCAACAGCCGUCGGCGAUAAUGAAUCAUACCGGCACGCUGAAGUCGCGCAAUGAACAAAAGCGCAUGCGUGGACAGAAAUUCGGCAGUUACAGCAGUUUGGAUCAGGAUGCAAUGCCUGGGGCAGGGCGAACCAAGUUUCAGAAUAUACGCCAAAUAUUUGAAAUAACCAAAAAGCGCACCUUUGGCGGAGGUGGCGGAACAACAACAGCAACAAAGACUGCGGCAGGGAAAGUGAGUGCCAGUGGCACAGUUGAUAGCAGCACGGCCGAUGCGACAGUUAGUGGCAGCGAUAAUCAAUUACUGCACUCUCUACCGCCUGUCACAACACCAGUCAUUGCCUCCACCACUCCUGCCCUCAUGUCCACCUCGAUGCCGAGUCUACAACUGCGCCAACAGACACAGCAACAGCCACACCAGCAACAGCAGCAGCAGCAACAACAAUUGCACAUUGGAUAUCAGCAACAUACACAGCUAGUGCGCAAGCCAACGCCGACGCUAAUGGGCGGCAACGGAAGCGGAAAUCGCAACAGUUAUUCGGAAAUGAGUGAGCGUCUGAGUAUUUCGGAGAGUGUGGGCGGCGGAGGCGCUGGUGUGGGUGGCAAUGCAUUAGAUGUGAAGCAGAAGUUGCGGCUGCAACAACAAUUGCAGCAACAGCAACAGCUGGUACAACAACAACAGCAGCUGCAGCAACACCUGCAGGCGCAAAGGCAACACUCACAGCCCUCAAUGGGUCAGCAAGCGCACCCACUUCAACAACAGCAGCAACAACAGCAGCAGAAACAGCACCUACAAACACAGUUACAGUUACAACAAUUACAACAACAACAAAUGCGCAGUUCCGCCGGCAUGCCACACUUGCCACAUAUCUCAGCUGCAACAGGCGGCCAAACAGCCACAACAAUGAAUGGCAGUGUCGCUGGUGGUGGUGGUGGCAGUGUAGAAACCGGCGAACAGCCAAAGGUAACAGCAGCGAUCGCAACAGCUACACCAACGACAACAACAGCAGCAACACCAACCAUGUCUAUGAUGACGUCGUAUGAGAAUCUUUUACGCCCCAUCGCCUUCAAGCCAAUCCCUUUCGAGCCGGACUACAGCAUACAGAAUAAUCGUUAUGUGGCUAGCGAAUUGACUGUAGCAGCGACAGCGUCAGCAGCUGCGUCGGCGGCUGUUGUGGGCGAUCGUUACGGCUCAACGCCAUCACUCGCUGCGGCCCAGGGUUCAAACAAUAUGCGUUUUGGCAGCACGUCUGAUUUGCGGCAUGGGGGCGCUGGCGUUGGUGGAACUUGCGGCAGCAUUGGUAGUGUCGGUGCUGGCGUUGCGACUGGAGGCAUUGCUGUUGGCGCUUAUUCAAGCAAUAAUUAUUGCAACAGUCUUAUGGCGCGUCGUCGUGGUUCCAGAUCGUUGAAAAUCAACGAUAGCAUGGAAUCGAUUCGGCACACACCGGACUCCUCGGAUGCGAAUAGUCAAAGUAGCACAAUUAAAUCAACUGGCAGCAACAACAACCACAUCAACAACAACAACACCAAUGGCUUAAACAGCAAUGGAUUCGGUGGCGCAAAUGGCUAUGGCUGUAUUGGCGUGGGCAGCACAGCUGGUGGUAGUGGCAAUUCUAGCGGUAGCAAUGGUUGUGCCGGUGGCAAGUACCUGCUGAGCGAACAGUGCGACAUGACACCUUCACCAUCCGACUCAGGCAUAUCAGACUUGGAAGCCGCACUAAAGGAUCGCGACUCGGAACUGUCCUAUUUGCGUCAAACAAUGGAGCACAAUGAGAAAGUAAUAUUCAGAGUACAAAAGGACAAGGAGAACUUCUGGGAGCAGGAGACAAAGCGUUUAAAGACAUUCUAUGAGGCUCAACAACGCGAAUAUCUGUUGAAGAUGAAGAAAAUGGAACAAAUGUUGGCUAUGCAACAAUUCCAAUUCAAACAACACAAGCUGCGGCACACAGAGCAAUCGAACAAGUUGAGAGAGCAGGUGGCCGACUUCAAAAAUGAAAACGAAAUACUCAGGAGUACCAAUAGCAGUCUGAAGAACUCAGAGCGCAAUUUAAAGGACAGCGUCGCAUACAUAGAAGAGCAGCUGCGUGAAUCGGAGAACACCAUCGCCGGCAUAAGAGCGCAGUUGGAGGAGAGCGAAUGGAAAGUUUGCGAGCGCAAUGGCGAGCUUGCACUACUCAAAUCACAGCUCAAGGAGGCUAAUGUUGAAAUCACACUGAAGGAGCACGCCAUUGUGCAUUUGCGUCACGAAAACACCAAUGCCGAAACGCAAAUCUACGAAAGUCUACAAGAGAACCAGAAAAUGACGAAGCAACAAAAACAAGUCGAGCAGCAGCAGGCACGCACCGACAAACAAUCCGAAACUGAGCUGAAACAACUGAAUAAAAUUAUUAUACUCAAGGAUCAAGUAAUACUCGCGCUCACCAAUGAAUUGGCCAAGUUGCGCAAAGAGCUCUCCGACUUGGCUAUCUUUCAGGAGUACGGAGAGGAACCCUCCGGUCGCUUCAUACGACUCAAACAACAGCUGGAUAAUCUUACCGACAUUUGCAAUCGCACGCGUCGGCAAGCGCACAAAUCCGACAUGAGCGCAGCCGCGUCGAAGGAGAAAGUCAUCGACGACACCAAUCUCGAGUUGAUAAUGAAUUGUCUUAAGAUCGCACCGCCACUGGAUGACACCGACGAAAGUGAAAACGAACGCGAGCAAACUAAACAGCUGUGCGCAGAGAAGCGUUUGGCCAAAAUGUCGGCCGAUAUACAGAACUUUGUCUACGGUGCACAAAACCUGCCCGACAUCGCUGUUAAUCACAAUAACCACAAGCCGCUGAAGUACUCCCAUUCCAAUCCACACAAGCUGGAGGAGUCCACAUUGGAUACGUUGAUCGAAGAGUCGGCCAGCUAUGCGGAAGAGAUCGGCAAGUUGCGCAAACAGUUGGACGAUGUGCGUGUCAAUUUCGAGCUGGAGAAGCGGCAGUGGUGUGAGGAGCGCGAAAAGGUGUUGAACUACCAAAAACAAUUGCAGGCGCACUAUAUAAAUAUGUACCAGAAAUUGCGCAGCUUGGAGAGUUCCAAUGAGGUUUAGCCAUGGCGCGUAUAUGGAUUUCAUGCUCGCAUCCAGACGUACAUCGAUUGUUGUUAGUUUGCGAAAUGAAUGGAAAUAGUUUAAUUAUCAUGUUGUUGUUGUAAUUUUAAAGGCAUACAUGGUUUACCAUUGUGUUUUAUCUUAUACCAUAAAAGAAAAUAUUUAUUAAAAAUGUUAUGCACUUAAAGCAACAUAAAAUAAAUGGAAUCGGACUGCAAUUAUUCCAUGCACUCUCUCUCUCACACAUACACACACAUAUGUAUAUUUAUAAAAGUGCAUAUAUCCAAAUAAAAAUUAAUUUUCAUAUACC